AUGUUCAAUCAUCUUAAUACAUGGUGCUUGAUUGCUUUCGCACUAAAGGUUGUGCUAACUUUUCUUUUUUUAUUGUUGCAACCAGGUGACCGAUGGGAGAUGGAGGAUUCUGGCCAAGAGGCAGCAGCACCUUUGCCAAAAGACAAAAAGGAAGUUGCAGAAAAAAUGUAUGGAAAGCAAAGUUCUGAGCAAAACCAGUUAACGGGGGAGCUGGAGAAUUGCUUUGGUUUACCUUGUCCAGAUACCGAUGUCUUAUUGGACACCGAUGAUAGCCAUGAAAAGGAAGUGUGUUCAAGGUGUGGAAAAAGACUCUGUGAUGAAUCUGGAUUAUGUGACUGUGGUGAAAGCCCUGCUGGAGAUAAACAAGAUGAAAGCAGGCAACACCACAGAAGGAACUUUCCUCCUCCCUUACAUGAAAGAAUAAAAGGAAAAACGUACAAAUGUACAGAGUGUGCAGAAAGCUUCGGUAAAAGCCGCUCUCUUGCUUCACAUAAAAAGAUUCACAAAGCAGAGGAGCCACACAAAUGUCUGGAUUGUGGAAGGACCUUCAGACAGAAAAACCACCUUAAUUCACACAGGAGGGUCCACGAAGAGAAGCAACAGCAUCAAGGCAUCCCCUGUGGAAAGUCCUUUGGAAGCAGCACCUCCCUUACUUCCCACCAAAGCGUCCACAAAGGGAAGUUGGAUCAACACAGGGAGGGUAGAACGAGGUUUACUCAGAGCAAGGAACCGAAUUCCCGGAAAAAAAGCCCCACUGGGAAGAAAUCAUAUAAAUGCCUAGAAUGUGGGAAGAGCUUCCGCUCUGCAAGUGACCUCAGUUGCCAUAAUAGGAUCCAUACAGGGGAAAAGCCGUAUCAUUGCAUGGUGUGUGGAAAGAGCUUCGCGCAAAAAAGCAAUUUCAAUUUACAUAAGAGGAUCCACACAGGAGAGAAGCCUUAUAAAUGCACAGAGUGUGGAAAAUGCUUCAGUGCCCGAUGUAACCUUACUUCCCAUAAGAGGGUCCACACAGGGCAGAAACCCUAUGAAUGCCUGGAAUGUGGAAAAAGUUUUAGCGGAAGCGGUGCUCUAACCUUACAUAAUAGGAUGCAUAAAGGGGAGAAACCUUAUCAAUGCCUGAACUGUGGAAAAAGGUUCAGUCAAAAAGUUAAUCUUAAGUCACAUGAGAUGAUCCACACGGGAGAAAAACCGUAUCAAUGCACCAAUUGUGGGAAGAGCUUCAGUAAUCCAUAUACUCUUACUGUCCAUAAAAGGACCCACACAGGUGAAAAGCCUUAUAAGUGCCCUGAAUGUGACAAAUGCUUCACUGAUUCGGGGAAUCUCUCUCGUCACAAAAAGCUCCACACUGGAGAGAAACCAUAUGAAUGCCACACGUGUGGAAAGAGCUUCAGUGCAAAAAAUAUCUAUGUCAUACAUAGCAGGACCCACACUGGGGAGAAACCAUAUCAGUGCCAGGAGUGUGGAAAACGCUUCAGUCAUUCUGGAGCACUGACGAUCCAUAAAAGGAUUCACACAGGGGAGAAACCAUAUAAGUGUACGGAGUGUGACAUGAGUUUCAGGACAAGUGGUUGCUUUGUUAUCCACAAGAGGAUCCACACUGGAGAGAAACCAUAUACAUGUCAUGAGUGCAGAAAAAGCUUUAAUCAAAAUAAUUCACUCAGGAGCCAUAGAAGGCUUCACUCAGGGGAGAAACCGUAUAAAUGCCUGGAGUGUGGAAAAUGUUUUCGUGUGAGUGGGCAGCUUACCUCCCACAAUAGGAUCCACACAGGGGAGAAACCCUAUAAAUGCUUAGAGUGUGGAAAAUGUUAUAAUGAUAGUUCCAGUCUUACCUACCACAAUAGGAUCCACACUGGGGAGAAACCGUUUAAAUGCAUCGAGUGUGGAAAGACUUUCAAAGACGGCAGGAAUCUUACGCUCCAUAAAAGACUCCACACAGGGGAGAAGCCAUAUUAAUGUGUGGAGUGUGGAAAGAAAUGCAGAACCAGCAGUGACUUUAAUUGCCAAAUUAUGUGGGAGAUUCUGGAAAAAUGCAUGGAGCAUGGGAAGAGCUUCCGAAGCAGCAGAAAUGUCUUGAUCCAUUAA